AGUAGUCUUUCUUUGGACAUGCGCAGUGAAGGAAAACAACCGCCAUCAUUUGAAAGCAAGAAACUUGAUCAGACUUGAUCAAAAUAUAGACAUCUAAAUUAUUUUAAAACAAAAUGGCUAGCGCUCUGGAGGAUCCGUCGCUUGAGCGGCACUUUAAGGGUCACCGUGAUACAGUGACUAGUGUGGAUUUCAAUCCAAAUAUGAAGCAGCUUGCUUCUGGGUCUAUGGAUUCAUGUUUGAUGGUGUGGAACUUCAAACCUCAGAUGAGAGCUUACAGAUUUGUUGGUCACAAGGAUGCUGUAAUGAGUGUACGUUUCUCACCGUCUGGUCAUCUUGUUGCCUCUGCUUCCAGGGAUAAAACUGUGCGCCUCUGGAUACCUUCUGUUAAGGGAGAAUCAACUGUAUUUAAAGCUCAUACAGCUACUGUCAGAAGUGUGGACUUCUCCAGUGAUGGUCAAACACUACUCACAGCUUCAGAUGAUAAAACUAUAAAGUUAUGGACAGUUCAUCGUCAGAAGUUUUUGUUUUCACUUAAUCAACAUAUGAACUGGGUAAGAUCAGCCAAGUUUUCUCCUGAUGGUAGACUGAUAGUGUCUGGAAGUGAUGAUAAAACAGUGAAAUUGUGGGACAGAAAUAGUAAAGAGUGUGUCCAUACAUUUUAUGAACAUGGAGGAUUUGUGAACCAUGUAGAAUUUCACCCUAGUGGAACAUGUAUAGCAUCAGCAGGUACAGACAGCACAGUGAAAGUAUGGGAUAUACGCAUGAAUAAACUCUUACAACAUUACACAGCUCAUUCGUCAGCAGUAAACAGUUUAUCAUUUCACUCUAGUGGUAAUUAUUUGUUAUCUGGGUCUGAUGAUGGUCAAUUAAAGGUGUUUGACCUGUUAGAGGGACGUUUAUUCUACACAUUACACGGCCAUCAAGGUCCCGUCACUGCAGUGUCAUUCUCAAGGUCAGGAGAUUACUUCGCAUCAGGUGGUUCUGAUGAACAGGUACUAGUAUGGAAGACAAAUUUUGAUCAGAUGGAUUUUAGUGAAUUAUUAAAGAACCACAAACAAAGGGCGGAGACAGAUACUGCCCCUACUGUAGCAGAUAUCGCCCCUAAGGUACAACGACCCACAUCUUCAUCAACCACCUCAUCCAGGGCCACUGGCAAGGGAAUUCGUAGUGAAAUCAGGAACAUGGAUGACGAAGCCCCUGAAGUUACAGAAGUAGGACCUGCAAUGUUUUCUUCAAAUGAGCCCCUGUCAACAAGUGAUGAUGUAGAAAUGAGGUCAGCUGAUUCAAGGUCAAGGUCACGAGGAGACGAUUUUCAACCCAAGUCAACAACUCAGCCGCUGGAACAGAGGGCAGCCAUGCCACCACAAUUAGCAGGAACAUUAGAACAUAUAGUAGGGCAGCUAGAUAUACUUACACAAACUGUUUCAUUGUUGGAGCAGAGGUUAACAAUGACAGAAGAUAAGUUACGAGAAUGUUUAGAUAACCAACACAAAAUUACAGGACAAAUGAAUCAGAAAGAUUUAUAAUUAGAUAAACUAUCAUCUCAUAGAUUAUACCAUCAUCAGACAGAUGCAUUUUAUGAUAUAGUGAGGACUUAAUGUGUAAUGAUACAGACGUAACAUUGGAUUUUAAGGUUCUGAAGUCCAAGUGGACAUUAAUUACGACAAGUUCCUCAGGAUUUACAAAAAAAUAAAAAUUGUACCCCAUUAUAACUUCUUAUGCAUUCAAAGCAAUAUUUAUAACACUUGUAGAAUUUUCCAUGUAGAUUGAUUCACUGAAAGGUUGGUAAAGAGUCAAUAACCUUGAUGUAUUACUUAAACACAUAACUUAAAAGAGAAGAUCCCAAAGUUGGAUUAUAUAGUGAGUAUUCUUGAAGUUAUUUAGCUUCCAUUUUAUAUCACUUACAUCAAUCAGAAUCAAUAUGUGUUUAUAAAAAUGUUGCCUUUCAUUAAGAGCUUGAUAACUUAAGGAUUAUUCUAUGAGAUGUUUUUUGUUCAGAUUAAAAAAGAUUAGACUAUUUAAAAUGAAAUGACCAUUUUAUUUCAGACAGUCUUAUAUAGAUGCAGUUUCAUGAAUAGAAUAAUAUGUGCACACAUGGAAAUUUAGGGUUAUGCUAGUAUUAAAGCUUAAAUUUUGCCAUAUGAAGUAAUUAGUGUAGGCCCUGUUUGCCUUGAACCAAUACAAAAUAAAUCAUUCAGUCUUGUACAAUUAUUAGAUCUGAUCAUGAAAAAUAAGUGAAUUAUCUGUCAUGCACGUCUGUCUUUAAAGUAUUAGUGAAGAGGCAGAGAAGAAAUUCUGCCAAUUAAUUCUGUCUUUAAUUAAAUAAGUGCCAGUUGUAGGAAGAAUGAUGGAUCUGAUAAGGGGAAGAUGUUUCCUAGUAACUGCAUGAUUGAUAACUCAAUUCAGGUGAUAAAUUAAUUUUCAGAUAAUUUUAUUUUUGUCGCAAAUUGAUUGAUUCUUUUGAAAGAUUUUUUUUACACCGGACUUGAUGUGAAUCUGUUUUAUUUGAUUCAUUAUCUCUAUUAACAUACACUGGUAGUGCUUCAAGUCUUCUUUCUGCUUUGAAUAACUACAUUGGAUAUUGUAAGUUUUAAAGGUGUUGCAAAGAUCCUUUUCUGCUAUUUUCCUUACCUGCACAAGUAUAAAAAAAAAUGUUUUUGUUGUAAAGCAAUUUUUAUCUUUGACUUUCUGCAUCAAAUAAAGUGAGUGUUAUUUUAUGGUAUAUGAAUCAUGUAGAGAAAUAAUGUGGUAGCCUAAAAUUGUUAUAAUUGCCUUAUUAACAGCAUAGACAAUUGAUGUGAUCUCAUGCACUGUAUUAUGUACUUUUUGUUAAGUGAUUUUACUUCAGUUUUACUAUUUCUUCAUUGACAGAUAAUAUUGACUUAUUAUUUUUUUUUACUUCUUUUCCUUACAAAGUAGAAAAUCUUUACAAUUUAUAGAAUAGCACAUGUUUCCUUAACCUUAGUUAAAGUUGUCAGUGUUGUACCUCGCUAAAAAGGGCAAUGCAAGGAUAUUAAUGAUUAGAUUGGGAAGAACACAUGUUGUGAUUUAGAACUAUUUUAUUGUUUUUGUCAAUAUAUUAGUUUUAGAGAUCUAAAUUAUUUGCUAGAAGAAUCUGAGUGCCAGGAUUUCUGUUUAUUUCAGCAGUUUUAAGGUUUUUAUUUUACAUAUUUUACAUUUUAUAUUAUACUAAUUUAUUGAGAUGUUAAGCUGAUAUUCUGUGAUAUUGUGUCUAUAUUGUAUAUUAUUUGUAAAUAAAAGAAUAAUAUGUAUGAA